AAUCUUACACUAAUUUCAAAAAUGUCUGGCAUGCUUUUCUCUUACGAAGAAAUCUCCAAGCACAACAACAGAGCUGAUCUUUGGAUGGUCAUUGAUGGAAAGGUUUAUGAUAUCACUCCUUUCCAAGAUGAGCACCCCGGUGGUGAGGAAGUCUUGAUUGACGAAGGUGCCAAAGAUGCUACAGCUGCUUUCGACGAUAUUGGUCACUCAGAUGACGCCCGUGAUCUUCUCAAGAAGUACUAUAUUGGUGACGUUGACCCUGAAUCCAAGCCUGUCAAGGUUCAAAAACAAAAUGAAGUUGUUUCUGAAGGACCAAAGGGAAAUCCUCUUCGUAUCCUUAUUCCUUUCAUUUUGAUCGCUGCUUAUGUCUAUUAUCAAUUCCUUGCUUAAAUUGUACAAGAUGCUCAUAAUACCUGCUAAUACAUAGAAUUCAUUGUCUUUUUUCUCCCCAAUAAUAAACAACGCUAUUUUUUAAACCUGCGAAACCCCAUAAAUAGCGCUGAAUGAUGCAUGGACUC